CGGCUUCUUCCACCGCCUCCUUCCACACCGGCUUCUUCCACAUCGUUUCUUUGCUGCGUACGUUUUCUCUUUGCUGCGUACGAUUUUUUUUUUUUGCGAUUCUUUGCUGCGUACGAUUCCACAUCGUUCCUUCUCUUGGAUUCUUGAUUACCAACUGCGAAUCCCAUUAUAGGCCAAAGGCCAAAAAUAAUCCUGUCCGGAACUAGGUCAAGUCCGAACUCCGAACUCGGUCAAGUGGAGCGCUGCUACCCUUAGCCCCAAUUCGAUUUUGCUACCCUCAUUGCCGAGUGUCGACUUGCUGUCGAUUUUUCUGUUGCAAUUCUGCAGAUAGUUCCGUUAACAAGUUUUAAUCAGAAUCGGAAUCAAUGGAUAGCAUUGUAGACGCUUUAGACAAUGCUUAUCAAGAAUUUGUGGGUGCAGUAGCUAGCACACUUGAAGCCAAGGAGGCCUCCGGUGGCCAGGUUACUGUUGCCACAGAUGCUGCCCUAGAGAACCUUAAGCAAAGAUGGGAAUUGUUUCGAGUGGCCUGUGAUCAGGCUGAGGAGUUUCUCGAGUCCGUCAAACUAAGAAUAGCUUCUGAAUGCCUGGUGGAUGAGGCCACUGGCUCAGUCGCUGGCAAGCCAGUCACACCUGGCCUUCCACCUAUUAGUGCUGUCCGGUUGGAACAGAUGAGUAAAGCUGUCCGUUGGUUAGUAAUUGAACUUCAACAAGGUUCGGGUGCAGGCAACUUAUCAACUCCCAAUCACUCUUCUGCACCUUUUGAUGCUCGGUUUCAUGAAGAUUCAACUCAAUAGCAACUGCGUUCUCGUCACAUCUUAUUUGCUUCAAAAGUUAUCGGUAGCUUGACCCUGAAAUUUGCUAGACUGCUGAUAACAUGAAAAUUCUCAAUGGCCCUAAGGAGAUUCGGACGGGCGACGUUAGGGCUGUUUAUCCAAAUGCUUACUUACGGGUAAGAGUCGACACUCACUUGCUUUACUAGGAUUAGGAAAUAUUCUAGUCUAUCAAACGGCAUCAUAUGCAAUAAUUUACCAAAUAAGUGCCAACCAGGUAAGAGUAGUCACUUUCAUCAGGUAAGACUCUCGGUUCUUGUCAUCCCUCUUAACGGGUAAGAUUCUCGGUCUUAGCCAGUUUAUUCUGUAAAGUCAGUGACCAAGUAAGCUCUUACCAGAUAAGUAUUUGGUAAACGAUCCUUGCACAACACUUUUUACAUUGGGUUGAACAUGGUAUUGUGGUAGAUUGCUUGUGCAAUAUCUUGAGAUUGCAAAUUAGUAUUUUGAUCCACAGUUGAUGGAUGUCAACAUAAUAUGAUUCUGGAAUAAUUUGAUUUAGCAUCUUUGAAACACCAAUCCCAUUUGGGAA